AAAUAGUCUCACAGCCAGACAGCAGCAGUUCGCAGUUUUAUUUCUGUACGCAGUUAGGGUUUUACCCGAGCCAGGACCCAGAGGCCGGAGGCCGGAGGCAAGAGACUAAACAGCCAUAGCUGGAAACAAAAAGCACCAAGAAGGACAGGUAACCAUUCAUUUUCUUUAUCCUACUAUUUCUAUUCCAGUCCAAUGAUUCGAUUUUUUUGUAUAAGACUCUCCCAAACGGGGCACAGAACUUCACCAGUUACAUUUAUCAAUUCCUUUUUGAUCCCAACAUUUUCUCACAAGCUCAUGUUCAACCUCUCAAACUCUGAUUUACCAGAGUCUCUCACUAUCUCUUACCUCCAAAAAUCUUGUGGGCUGUCCUUACAAGCAGCCAUUUCAGUCUCUAGAAAGCUACAGUUGGAAUCCACGGAUAACCCUGACUUAGUCCUGAACUUGCUCACUGCUCAUGGUUUGAGUCAGACCCACAUCAAGAAUUUAAUCACUAAACGUCCAAUGUUGCUCUUAGCUGAUCUGGACAACACCCUUAAACCUAAUAUGGAUUUGUUUAAGUCUUUGGGGUUUUCUGGCACUAAUCUGGCCAAAAUGAUUAUCAAGGAACCAAGAGUACUUGAAGUUGAUGCAAAGACAGUGGUUCAGUUCUUUAGAGAGAAUGGUUUUAGUAAAAAACAGAUAGCGACUUUGACCUUAAAGCGACCCUCACUGUAUUUAUUCAAGUCAGAUAGAAAUUUUAAGCCGAAGUUUGAAUUUUUGAAGUCCUUGGGUUUUUCAGAGCUUGAUCUUGCAACCAUUUUGUCAACAGCGCCUUAUAUUUUGGAAAGGAGUCUGGAAAACCAAAUUAUUCCCUGUAUUAAUGUACUUAGGCGUGUUGUUGGAAAUGAUAUGAUUGUCCAAAAAGUAAUAAUGGGAUGCCACCGGUUUCUUUAUUUUAAUGUAGAGAAGAUGCUUGAGCCAAACAUGUCAACGUUGGUAAACCAUGGGGUGCCAGAGUCCAUAAUAUCGAAGAUAUUCUUGUUUCAUCCAAAAGCAUUGCUGCUAAAGACUGACAAGUUAAAUCAGAUUAUUAAUGAAGUUAAGAAUUUGGGUUUUACUCCCACUAAUAUUGUGUUUGUUGUAGCGGUUCGUACCUUGGUGACAACGAACAAAAGACUCUGGGAGAAAAAGUUGGAAGCCUAUGGAAGUUUUGGCUUGUCAAGGGAUGAAAUUGUUAUGGCAUUUAAGUUGCAACCUAUGUUUAUGAUUGCUUCAGAGAAGAAAAUAAGAAAGUCGAUGGAUUUCUUUGUAAACAAGUUGAACUUGAAGCCUUCAGUGAUUUCUAAGAAUCCAAAUCUUGUACUACUAAGUGUAGAGAAGAGGAUUAUACCUAGGUGUUGUGUUCUGCACAUUUUGAUGUCAAAGGAAUUGAUAAAGGAAGAUUUUAACCUUGCUUAUAUGCUUACAAUGACAGAGAAGAGGUUCAUGGAGAAAUUAGUGACCAAGUAUCAGGAUGUUGUUCCUGAAGUUGUUAAGGCGCAUCAGGGCAGGAUGGAAUUUCAAGGCUUUCCAAGAGAUAUGAAAAUGUGAGAGACCAGGGGUGCUGCGAAAUGGCUAGGUGAUGCCAAAUGGUUUGAAGCUCAUACUCCAGUAAGUAUGAUUUGGAAGGCAGUGUCAUUGGAAGGCAAUGCAUCAAUGUGGUAUGUCUGUUUUUAACAGUAAUCAGUAGCUGAAAGUGUGAGUAUAUUGGACUGACUGUUUAUCGUUCUUGUUUGCACAUCAGUGGAAGCCAACUGAUGAUGUGCAUGAAUAGCUACAAUCCACAUUGAUCAGUAGCUGAAAAUGCGUGAGCAUAUUUAACAGCGUCUUGUUGUCUGAUGCCUCGCAAUUUUAGGAAAUUGAUUGAAAAAAUUGGUAUUUGAUGAGUGUAUUGGAAGAGUGGUGUUUUCAUUCUGUCCCUUUUUUUUUCUCAAUAUAUCAAAGCAUUGAAGUGUAUUCAGGUGUAUCAAAUUUCAUGUUAGUUUUAACUUUCAAAUGAUAGAUUAUUGGUGUAGUUCUUUAAGCUGAUGUGCAAGACAUUUUACUGAAGAUUUUUUUUUU